CAGAGGCCAUGGCACGAAUCAACAUGGUGAUUCGUGAGCACACAAAGGAGGAUGCAAAUUUCUCUGACCCCACUGCGGAGCUCGUGCAGCAGCAAAUCGCCGAGUCAAAUGCCAUGGCAGCUGCGGCAAUCACCCUGCUCACAGCCCAAGCAGCUGGACAUCACUACAUCCAGGAGAAAAUAUUUGUUGGCCUUGAACAUGCGCCGGUAAGCUACCCAGUACGAGAGAAGAUUCUUGGUCCUGGGAGUGCCUAUGUUGAUCACAUCAAAACGACAACAGGUGCCAAUGUGACCCUUCGUGGGAAAGGUUCGGGAUUCCUAGACCCAACUUCGGGUAGGGAAGCAUUUGAACCUCUUCACAUUCACAUCACGCAUCCAACUUUAGAAGGGCUGCAAGCUGCCAAAUCACUGGCUAUUAGUCUGAUUCAAACGACACACACAGACUUUGCUGAGUGGCAGCAACAACAAUUAGCAGCCUUGACACUCCAGUCUGCAAUGGCACUGCCUGCUGCAACACAACAACUGGCAUCGGCUACACCUGUCUUCACAGGCCUGGGCCAGGUCUUCCAGCCUGUUGCAACUGCUGGCGAAGUACAAGCUCAGGGCAUUCUGGUGAGCCCUGGAAUGAUGGGGGCCCAGUCAGCAUCCUUCAUGCUGCCCAUGUCACAAGCCAUGCCUUCAAGUGUGAGCUACGUGACGGCUCUACCUCAGACCCAGGCUACCGUUGUGUACCCAACGCAAGCUGUCAUGGCCACUUCGACUGCCAUGGCUCAGUUGCAGCCACAGCAGAUACAGCAAUUACAGCAGCAGCAGCAGCAACAGCAGCAGCAGCUGCAACAACAUUUGCAGCAACAGCAGAUGCAACAGCAGCAAUUGCAACAACAGCACCUCCAGCAGCAACAACUUCAACAGCAGCUUCAGCAACAACAGCUACAGCAGCUGCAGCAGCAACAGAUUCAUCAGGCUCAGCAACAGGCUCAGCAACAGCUGCAGCAGCAGGCACAGCAGCAAGCAGAACAGCAACUCCUUCAACAACAGCAACAAGCGCAACAAUUACAGCAGCAGCAGCAACAGCAGCAAGCACAGGCAGCCACUCUUCAAGCAUCCCAGCUUGCACUUCAGCAGCAGCAGCAGCAGCAGCAGCAGCCCUAUCAGGUCCCACCACCAUCACUGCAGUCAACUAUAACAUCUGCCACUAUAUAUCCUCACUUGAGACACCAGUAUGCACAGUACGCUGCUAAGAAGAAGUAUGAUGUUCCACCACCAUCGCUUUCUGUGCCAGCAGUCGCAACUGUGCCCACUCUGUCAACUGACUCUCUGACCAGAGCAGCAGCAGCAGCAGCAUCGGGGGAGACUGGAGUGUCUGCCACUUCAGCAUCUGCUGUUGCUCUUCCAUCCACAAAUGCAACAGUGCCCCUGCCUACAGAUACAUCUGUACCACCACCAAAUAUGGCUGUGCCCUCACUUGCAGCUGUGCCUCCAUCCAGUAAAGCGGCAGUGCACACGACUAUAGUGCCACCCACAAAUACUGCUGUGGCUCGCAACACAGCUGUCCCCCUACCCGCUGACACAACCAUGCCAACCAACACGGCUGCACCACCACCACCACCAACCGACACAUCAGUGCCACCUCCCAACUACAGUGCAAAUGAUGGAUGGAGGUUUCAUGUUCCACCACCAGCUGUGACUGUGCCCCCACCUUUGUUCCCGUCAGCGUCUGCUUCAUCCUUCGAGUCCACACGUGCGUCUUUGCCUCCAAAGCCAUCAACAUCACCGCCUUUGUCACGCUCUUAUGCAAAUCACAGUGAUGCAAAGACAGCAGCACCGACACCGUCCUCUCCUGCAGCAUCAUCGUCUAGCGCCACGCCUCUGUACUAUCGAAGUUUGCGGCCACAGGCCAAGUCGUCGUACCUGAGCAGUUAUCAAGCAUCAGCACUACCAGAGGAUGAGUAUAACAGCUACGGGAAACCAGCAUCACAUACUAAUGGAAGCAGCCGGUCGAGCUCGUCGGUCACUGCUGACACUUCUGCCAGACACUUGGCUGAGAGCAGCACCAAGAAGUCGGAAUGGGAGAUGAUGCCCCCUCCAUCGCAGACCAAGCCCACACCACCUAGGAUCAGCUCACUGGUAUCAUACACCUAUCCUAAUUUGAAGCGACCAGGGGAUCCUGUGGCAAACUCGGACUGGAAAAGGCCAAGGGGGGCCCUCUAGGCUUUGGCAAACAUUACCUUCAACUUGAAAAGGUAUUCAGUCAUCAAGGUCUGGUGGGUCUCAAUAGUGCUUGCCUGUAGAAUCCGAAGUGGUCAUGUUUUCAUAAGACAUGCUCUUUGUGGAAGAGGCUUGCUAGACCAGGCGUAAUUAAUUUCUCAUUUUGUACAUCUCCUAAUGGAUGUGUUCUGUACAAAAAACAACAACUUUGAAUUGUAAAUAUACCAAUGAUUUUAUUUUAACAUUGGUGCGGAUCACAGCCCAUGUGUAAGUAAUAUUGUGCUGUCCACUGGGAUCGGUUUGAGAAUAAAAGAUGUGGAUGAACCUUGGCGUGUCGUUCCU